GUUUACUUCAACCGUCAGUCACCACUGGUCAGCUUGUCCUAAACUCGCCCACAAGCAGUGCCACUAGACGCAACUCGUCUGCGACAUGGCCGCAGUCUCUUCGGAAAAGGACCUCAUGAUCCCCUUCUCCCUCGACGAGUACGAGGAUCGUCUAAUACCUGAGUUUCGACUGGAGGAUCGACUCGCGUUCUGGGACGGUCCGAUUCGUGCCUUUCUCUGUGAACGUGGAUACGCGCUGUACAGGAUCUGUUCAGUACUCGAUGGUACUGACUGCAGUCUUAUGUAUCCAGCACUGGACACACCUCACCGAUCCGCACUGGACGAUGAUCGCUAUGCGUACAUGGAUCCCGAUGAACAGGGAUGUGUCUUCCGUAAUCCGGAGGAGGGCCUCGAGAAAGAUUAUUUUCACUGCAGAGGGAGGGCAUAUGCUCGGGAGAAUCGCGGCAGAGCCGCGUACGCUCAGAGCAUCGACAGGCCUGAUCGACAUGUUGCUAUCAAACUCGUCCGCAACGAGAGCGUCGAGAUACACACCCUCAAGCUCAUAUAUGAAACGUCGAAACGCGAACCCGUCCGGGGUCUCAUUCCUGUGCUCGAGAUCAUCCCGUUUCGCGGACACUGGCUCGUUGUCAUGCCCAGAUGGGGAGAGGACAUCAUGUCUCCGUUUCCCACACUUGUUGGACCGACCUUGUCUCUCAUUGAAGAUCUGCUCGCAGGUCUGGCGUUUCUUCACAGCCACAACAUCGUCCACCGGGUAAUGUUCCCACUCCCACUGUACGAAUGGUUUGCUCAUGUCACGCAGGACCACUCCUACAAAAACAUCCUCGUGAACCACAUUCCUGUGGUCAGACACGAAGAAAUCUAUGAUCCCCCACUGACUCGAGAUCCGUUACGCAACGCAGGCUUUCUUCAGCACGCCAUAUUCGAUUUCGAUGUCGCUCUAGUAUUCCCCGACCGCAGUUCUGCUCGGCUACCAUACACGCUAUUUUGGCUGGGAUCACACAAGCCCACUGAUGAGAUAUUUCAAGGCGAGUAUGACUACGAUCCUUUCGCGGCGGACGUGUCCAUUCUGGGAGGGUAUCUUUGUCGCGAUCUGCAGUAUCACACACCCCAUGUGCCCAUCCUGGCACCCCUCUUCGAUGGAAUGCUUCACUGGCAUGUUCCAUCUCGGCUGACGGCUUCCCAAGCCUUGGAUCUUCUCCGCUCAUUGAGAGCUGAAUACAGCGAUCUGGACAAGCAGCCACUUUCUGUGAUCAAGAGGCAGUCUGUCCCUGUGUCCGAAUACGACCGCAGCAUCAUGGUGACAUCACUGCCUGACGCGCUCGAAUAUAAACCUUACUGGCAUUCGCACCCUCACCAGACCGAAACAACCUUUCCUCUUGCCAUGAAAACAACUGCUCUGCUCACCCUGUCGCUGGCUCUCAGUGGCGCCUCGGCGACGUCGUGGUUUGGCUCUGACAAACCCACACCAGCAUACAGCGAGUGGUCUAUUGCAGAGCUUCGACAAUGGCUCCAGGAACACAAAAUCGUCGUCCCGGAAUCCUUUUCGCAGCAGCAGCUGCGCGACCUCGUCCAGUCCAACUGGGAUCUCGCGACCGCCUGGACAUGGGACCAGUACUCGUCGGCCCAAAAGUCCUUCGCGGACCUGCGCGACACGACCUUCGACGCUUGGGACGAGUCGCGGCUGCGUGAAUUCCUGCUCGAGCAGGGCGUCGUCGCGCCUAAAGGCCCACGUGAGCAGCUCGUCCUGCUUGCCAAAGCCAAGUACGCCGACUACCAGAACGCGGCGUCGACGCUCUCUGCGCAGGCGAGCACGGCGGUCUACGGCAGCCCCAUGCACCAGAUGACGAAGAGCGCGUCGAGUAUGGCUGCACAGGCGACGCGGGAGGUGACGCGCCAGAUGGAUGACACGAAGGAUUACGUGUACUCGACGUGGGAAGAUAACAAGCUUCGGUCGUAUCUCGUGGAGAAGGGCGUGCUGGCCAAGGACGCCGCGGAGAAGACGCGGGACGAGAUGCUGGCGAUGAUGCGCGACACUUACGUCCGCGCCACUCAGCCAAUCUGGGAAGCGUGGUCUCAUUCGUACAUGCGUGACUGGUUGAUCGCUCAUGACCUUAUCACACCGCCUGCACCCUCGACGCCUGAGAUCGUGAAAGCGAAGAUGUCGCAGUACUACUAUGACGUCAAUGACCGCGCCUGGACGUCGUGGACCGACAGCGAUAUGAAGUCAUGGCUUGUCUCGCACAACAUCAUCAAGUCGGACGCCCAGAUCCAGCGUGAGAAACUCACGAAGCUGAUCGAGGAUAACUACCUCAACGCCCGCGAUACGCUUUGGGAGUCCUGGAGCGAUAGCCAGAUGCGCGAUUGGCUGGCCGAGCACGGGGAGAAGAAUGUCCCUGCCAAGCGCGACCAGCUCGUCAAGCUCAUGCAGAACAAGUACAACGACGCCGCCGGCAUGUCUGCUGCAUACUUGACGUGGCCUGACGCCCGGUUGCGCGCCUACCUGCGCAACCGCGGAAUUGACGAGUCUGGAUUGCCGACUUCUCGACCUGGACUUUUGCAGGAGACUCGUAUCCGUUGGGUUCAGGCUAUGACCAGCAUUGAGCGAAUCAAGGAGCUCAUCAACUCUGGCAUUGAGAUCACGGAGGAGAAACUGGCGUCUGUUUUGCAGCUCCUGUCUGGCCAGACCGAGAAAGCCAAAGCAGAGGGCGAGAAGAUCAAGGCUGACGCGAAGAAGGUGAAAGCUGAUGCCAAGAAGAACAAGGAGAACCUCAAAACGGAGCUUUGAGUGGUCGCGGACUCGUUCAUUUCUUGUAUUAUUCAAUCGCAUUCAUUUUGAGACUGUAUCUGUAACUUUAUAAUCCAAGUUUUUGGACAUGCUAAAUCUA